CUAGGGUUUGAGUUUCGCACCUGUUUUGUCUCUUUAAGCUCGCGCACAAGCUCUUCUUGCUCUCCAUCUUGUCGAACCUGCGAUUCCUUAUUCUGCGUUAGCUCCGUAGUUAUGGCUGACGAGAAUUCCAGCAAUGUCAAGGAGGAGGUGGCGGAACUUGCCCCAUUCGAUCCUACUAAGAAGAAAAAGAAGAAGAAGAAUGUGAUUCAGGACCUUGCAGAUGAUUCGGUGGAUAAGUUGGCUGAAAAAACGGAGAAUCUGUCAGUUUCUGAUGGUCUUGAUAAUAGUUUUGCUGGUCUGAAGAAGAAGAAAAAGAAACCAGUCGAGACUAGCACAAUGAAUGAUGAAAAUGAGGGGCCAAGGGAAGAUCAUGAUGAUCAUCCUGGGGAGGAUGAUGAAGGAGAAGGAGCUCCCCUUCAGGAAAGGUACCCUUGGGAAGGCAGCGAUAAGGAUUACGAAUAUGAGGAGCUUCUAAGUAGGGUGUUCAACAUUCUUCGUGAGAAUAAUCCGGAGCUUGCGGGAGAUAGGCGUAGGACAGUUAUGAGGCCUCCACAAGUCCUACGUGAGGGAACAAAGAAAACAGUCUUCGUGAAUUUCAUGGAUCUUUGCAAGACGAUGCAUCGACAGCCGGACCAUGUGAUGGCCUUCUUACUAGCAGAACUGGGAACAAGUGGAUCUCUUGAUGGACAACAAAGAUUAGUUGUUAAAGGCCGAUUUGCCCCAAAGAAUUUUGAAGGAAUACUGCGACGAUACAUCAAUGAGUAUGUUAUCUGCCUUGGAUGCAAGAGUCCAGACACAAUACUUUCAAAGGAGAAUCGGCUUUUCUUUCUCAGAUGUGAGAAGUGUGGUUCUGGACGAUCUGUUGCUCCAAUUAAAGCUGGAUUCGUCGCUCGUGUUGGCCGAAGAAAUGCUGGGACUUGAUCUCUCAAACUUUUGUUUCUCUUCAUGCAAUAAUAGAUACGAGUCUUGUCUGUUCUUGCCUCUUUUUUUCCCUUUUUUGGGAUGGUAUCUAUUAUGUGUGUUACUCCAUGAUUUUGACUGACACUACUAAAUUAAAUGUUAUGUUAUUGUGGAUGUGAA